AUGGCCAGCUCAGACGUGCAGCUCCAGCGCUUCAGGCAGCUCUGCUACAAGGAGGCUGAGGGACCCCGAGAGGUUUGCAACCAACUCCACAAACUUUCCCAUUGGUGGCUGAAGCCGGAGCGACACACGAAAAACCAAAUCCUGGAUCUGGUGAUCCUGGAGCAGUUCCUGACCAUCCUGCCAGUGGAGAUGGCGAACUGGGUGAGGGAAUGCGGGGCGGACACCAGUUCCCAGGCAGUGGCCCUGGCAGAAGGCUUCCUGCUGAGCCAGGCGGAGGACCAGAAGCAGCAAGAGCAGCAGCAGGUACGGAGUCUGUUUGCAGAAGUGGGGCCUGGUUUCCCUGCAGCAGAAGGGGCUCCAUCGGACACCUUAGAGAUUGUCCCGCUAAGGGGGAUCCAACCAGAGCGUGAUGGGUGUGCUGCCUUACAGGAGGAGGAGUGGGCCCUGCUGGAUCCUGACCAGAGAGCCCUGCACAGGCAGAUCAUGGAAGAGAAUCAUGGCAUCAUGGCCUCUCUGGAGUGUGGAAAGAACUUCAGGAGCAGUAAAAAUAUCAAGAGGCAUCAAAGAACUCACACAGGGGAGAAACCAUAUCAUUGUUUGGUGUGUGGAAAGAGCUUCACUCAGAUGAACAGCCUUACUUCCCAUCAAAGAACUCACACAGGGGAGAAACCAUAUAAUUGCUUGGAGUGUGGAAAGAGCUUGAGCUGCAAGCAAAGACUUAUUUAUCAUCAAAGAACUCACACAGGUGAGAAGCCAUAUCAUUGUUUGGAGUGUGGAAAGAGCUUGAGCAGCAAGCAAAGACUUAUUUAUCAUCAAAGAACUCACACAGCUGAGAAACGAUAUCAUUGUUUGGAGUGUGGAAAGAGCUUGAGCAGCAAGAAAACUCUCAUUUAUCAUCAAAGAACACACACCAGGGAGAAACCAUAUCAUUGUUUGGACUGCGGAAAAAUCUUCAGUUGGAAGCACAGUCUCAAUCAACAUCAAAGAACCCACACAGGUGAGAAACAAUAUAAAUGCUUAGAGUGUGGAAAGAGCUUCAGGAGCAGUAAAAAUAUCAAAAGUCAUCAAAGAACUCACACAGGGGAGAAACCAUAUCAUUGUUUGGUGUGUGGAAAGAGCUUCACUCAGACGAACAGUCUUACUUACCAUCAAAGAACUCACACAGGGGAGAAACCAUAUCAUUGUUUGGAGUGUGGAAAGAGCUUCAGGAGCAGUCAACAUCUUAGGAAUCAUCAAAGAACUCACACAGGGGAGAAACCAUAUCAUUGUUUGGAAUGUGGAAAGAGCUUCAGUCAUAAGAACAAUCUCGAUCAACAUCAAAUAACUCACACAAAGGAGAAACCAUAUCAUUGUUUGGAGUGUGGAAAAAGCUUCAGGAGCAGACAAAAUGUCAACAGUCAUCAAAGAACUCACACAGGGGAGAAACCAUAUCAUUGUUUGGAGUGUGGAAAGACCUUUAGUCAGAAGCAGAAUCUCUAUCAACAUCAAAGAACACACACAGCCCUUCCUGUCCCGCCUCCUUCCUUCCCCCCGAGGAAAGAGGACUUGGAGCUCUUUCCAGGUGCUGCGUCGGUGCCUCCUUCGGGGGACCAGCAGAACAGUGUCUUGCGUUUCCAGAGCUGUAGUAGCACUGCCUCAUAUGACAUUCUUUGCCUGGAUAAAGAAGAGGUAAGCGCUUCUGGGUUCCCCUUGGAGGCGUCCUUGGAACACGGAUCAAAGAUGGCAGAGCAGGGCUCAGUUGGCCCUGAACCAAAAAUAGACCCUGAUGCCAUUAAGACCGAGAGCAGUGAGGAAUUCUGGGAAAGGAUGAUGGAGAUGAUCCAGGGUGAGGACAUGGCCAGCUCAGAUGUGCAGCUCCAGCGUUUCCGGCAGUUCCGCUACAGGGAGGCUAAGGGACCCCGAGAGGUUUGCAACCAAAUCCACAGUCUUUGUCGUCAGUGGCUCAAGCCAGAGCAACAUACGAAAAACCAAAUCCUGGACCUGGUGAUCCUGGAGCAGUUCCUGACCAUCCUGCCAGCAGAGAUGGCGAGCUGGGUGAGGGAAUGUGAAGCGGAGACCAGUUCCCAGGCGGUGGCCCUGGCAGAAGGCUUCCUCCUGAGCAAGGCAGAGGACCAUAGGCAGAAAGAGCAGCAGCAGAUACAGAGUCUGUUUGCAGAAGUGAGACAUGGUUUCCCUGCAGCAGAAGGGGCUCCGUCGGACACCUUAGAAAUCAUCACGUGGAGGGGGAGCCAGCCGGAGCACAAUGGGUGUGCCGCCUUGCAGGAGACAGCAAUGAUGCUGGCAAUACGUACUGAGUCGUAUCUUUGUCUUUGUGAUAAAGUGGAACCGGAUCAGGCUCUGGUGAUUUUUGAGGAGGUUGCCGUGUGCUUCAUGGAGGAGGAGUGGGCACUGCUAGAUCCUGACCAGAGAGCCCUGCACAGGCGGAUCAUGGAGGAGAACCGUGGGAUCGUGGCCUCUCUGGAACGUGACAGGUGGGAAGUGGCAAAUAAGAGGCAACCCUGUGAGAUGCCACCGAAAAGAGACAGAUGUAUAAACAACAAACAGCAGAGUACGAACACGGAAGUAAAUCACAGUGUGAUGGAUGAUUCCUCUGCUUCUGAGGGCAAUACCUACAAAUCUAUCGCAAUGCAAGACAUAAUACAUAAAAGACAGGAAAAUAAUAGGUUCUAUAUUCAUAAGAAAACUUUCAGUUCUGAAUCAAAUGUGAAAGCUAAUUGCAGAAUUCACACAUUGAAGAAAACAUAUAAAGGCCUCAAAUGUGGGAAGAGUUUCAGUCAGAAGACAAAUCUCACUCAUUAUCAAAGGUCUCUCACACAGGAGAAACCAUAUCAUUGUUUGGUGUGUGGAGAGAGUUUGAGCACUAAGCAAGCUCUCCUUUGUCAUCAAAGAACUCACACAGGUGAGAAACCAUAUCAUUGUUUGGAGUGUGGAAAGAGCUUGAGGAGCAAGCAAAUUCUUAUUUGUCAUCAAAGAACUCACUCAGCUGAGAAACCAUAUCAUUGUUUGGAGUGUGGAAAGAACUUCAGGAGCAGUGUGUAUCUCAAGAGUCAUCAAAGAACUCACACAAGGGAGAAACCAUAUCAUUGUUUGGAGUGUGAAAAGUGCUUUAGUCACAAGAACAAUCUCAAUCGACAUCAAAGAACUCACACAGGGGAGAAACCAUAUCAUUGUUUGGAGUGUGGAAAGAGAUUCAGUCAGAAGCACAGUCUCAAUCAACAUCAAAGAACUCACACAGGUGAGAAACACUAUAAAUGCUUAGAGUGUGGAAAGAGCUUCAGAAGCAGUCAAUAUCUCAAGAACCAUCAAAGAACUCACACAGGGGAGAAACCAUAUCAUUGUUUGGAGUGUGCUAAGAGCUUCAGUCACAAGAGCAGUCUCAAUCAACAUCAAAGAACUCACACAGGGGAGAAACCAUAUAAUUGUUUGGAGUGUGGAAAGAGCUUCACUCGGAAGAACAGUCUCAAUCAACAUCGAAGAACCCACACAGGGGAGAAAACGUAAUUGUUUGGAGUGUGGAAAGAGCUUCAGGUUCAAUCGUUUUCUCAACUACACAGAACCCGCACUGGUUGGAAACUAUAAAUGCUUCAAGUGUGGAAAGACUUUCAUUUGGAGGAGUGAUCUUACUUUUCAUCAGAAAACUCACACAAUGGGCAUGGAUUAACGUGACGUGCAAAAGUGCCCAUUAUUUGAAUUCAUCAAC